GGAACCAUGCAGGUCUCCGCCAUCCACAGUUAGGAUAUCUUUCUGGGUGCGGAGCCCCAUAACCUGUAUCUUCUCUCUUCCUAAUGAUGGAUUCCAGUUGAAAGUCAACAGGAAAUAUGGAUUGGCUUGAUAACAAACGAGCAAAAGCCCUUAGGGUCUCCAACGACAGGGAGACAUUUCAGUUGAAAAAGAUCAGGCGAUCCCUCGACUCAAUGAAGACCAUGAAUGAUAAUCUGCUGAAGCAAGAGGAACGAAAGGUGAAGCGGUGGCUGAAGAAGCAAGGACAGGCAUCGGGCAGCUACCCUGAGUCAAGCCAUGGGACGCGACCAGCCUCUGGAAAAGAAUCCUUCGAUAUAACCUGGAGUCAAUUUGGCAACCAUCUGCCCAACUUUGUCAGUUUCCUGAGACUACCCACAAAAAGGCCAAGUUAUGACCGAAAGAAUUCCAAAGAUCUCACACCCUUCAGUGGAAAUGAUUUGCCUGUCCAGACCCUCUUGGCCAGGAACACCUUUGGUCCCCGGAACAGCAUGGGCAACACAUUCCCACCGAGCAGAGACUCCAGGAAGGGAAGCAGCCCCAGACAGUCCAGCUUGGAGAACAGCGUAUCCCUCCAAGAAGCCAUGGCCUUGUUUCCUUCCUUGCAAAGGCUAUCAACCAAAGGAGACAGGCUCUCCUUUUCAAAGCCACCACUUCAUAACUCAGUCUCGGGGUUCCCCGCACUGCAGAAAAAGCUCAAGACAAUGCUUGAGAAGGCUCGGGGAGACGAGAUGUUUAAGCCACCAGAACCGUUGGCUCAAAUUCGGCCUGAAGAAAUUUUGAGCUGCAGGUACCUGCGUCUCUCUCAGAGCAACAUCGAGACUUUGGUGAGCCUCUGCAAAGAAUCCGGCAUUGACAUCGACAUCCAUCCUCACAUGAAAGAAUCGGAAAUCAACAUCACCACGGUGCUCUCCUCAAAUCCCAGUCGGACAUUCUAGGUGGCCUGGUUUUGCCCCAUUAAAACCAUGUGG